AUGGCGUCGUCAGUUAGCGAUGUGCUAGCGGCAAGGGCGGCCGUGGCGCGGAACGAUCUGACCGAGGCGCGCGACGGCGCGGCGAGGCUCAGGAACUCCGUGCUGCAGCUGGACGACCAGGGCGCGGCGUGGGUGCAGCUAGAGAUCGACGGCGUCCUGACCAAGCUGUCGAGCGCGAUGUCGGCGUUGGAUGUGAGCGUCGGGUCGGACGGUGCGAGGCCACAGCAGUCGGGGAGCUCGAGCGGGAACAAGAGGAAACAAAGUUCCAGCAAAAGGUGA